GUUUCCGGCUGUCAUUCUCCACCCGUUGAGGACUUGAAGUUCAAUUCGAAGUCUUCGGACGAAAUAAAUUAAUUUAAUUCUUUCUACAAAUUUCGUGCUGGUCACGUUUUGUGUAUUAUUUUUAAAUAUUUAACUUAUUUAUUUAAAAUGGCAGACAAUACGCGCACAUCCAGACUGUCGUCGUACAAAAAUGUUGGGCAAGGAACAACCGACCUCCGUCGCAAGCGAGCUGAAGUGAGUGUUGCACUCCGCAAGCAAGCUCGUGAUGAGCAACUGCUGAAAAGGAGAGCAUUGUCGCCGGAAGCUCGAGAUGAGAAAACGGAGGAGAAUGUGUUGACUCCCGCUGAGAUUGUGCAAGGUCUGAGAUCAGCCGACGUAUCAACGCAAACCAUAUCGGCACGGUCGGCGCGCCGCAUGCUGUCCCGGGAACAAAACCCGCCUAUCUCAGUUAUGGUGUCCGCUGGAGUCAUCAAACCUUUGGUCGAUGCUCUAGAUCGCGAAGACUGCGGCGACCUUCAAUUUGAAGCUGCUUGGGCCCUCACCAACAUUGCGUCAGGAACGCAUGAUCACACAAUGGCGGUUGUUGAAGGCGGAGCAAUCCCUAAACUGGUGUACCUUUUAUCCCGGGGCGGAGUCGUGGGGGAACAAAGCGCCUGGGCGCUCGGCAAUAUCGCGGGGGACGGUGCCGCUACCAGGGACGCUGUGUUGCAGGGCGGAGCCCUACCAGCACUAUUGCCUUUGCUAACUACCAAUACACCUUUAACUCAACUGAGGACUGCUGUGUGGACUUACAGCAACCUUUGCAGGAAUAAAAAUCCUCUGGUCAAAUUCGAACUGGUGGCUCCCGCUUUACCUUACAUCUCUGAGCUACUAGAAGUCACAGACCAAGAUGUUUUGGCGGACGCCUGCUGGGCCCUGUCAUAUUUAACAGAUGGUCCGAAUGAAAGGAUCGAAGAGGUACAAACAACCACUUCGCUAUUGAGACGCGUGAUUGCUCUAUUACAACACAAGGCACCCGCUGUUAAAACCCCAGCAUUGAGGGCCGUUGGCAAUAUGUUAACCGGAUCUGACGAACAGACAGACCGUUGUCUAAACGCCGGCUGUCUAGAGCACUUAGUCGUACUGCUGCGUUGCGGGAAACCCUCGCUGAUGAAGGAGGCGGCGUGGGCCGCGUCCAACAUCCUGGCCGGCACACACCACCAGAUACAGAGGGCGCUGGACGCUGACGUGCUGACGCAUCUGUUGCAUGUGCUCAGUGUCGAGGAUGUCAAAUGUCAGAAGGAGGCCGCGUGGGCGAUAACGAACCUGUGCCUGGGCGGGAGCUGCAGCCAGCUGGCGACGCUGGCGCUGGGCGCGACGCAGACGCUGCGCGCGUACUGCGCGCUGCUGGCGGCCGCGGACGCGCGCGCGGCGCUCGUGGUGCUGGACGGGCUGCUGGCGCUGCUGCAGGCGGCGACCAAAAUGGGUUCAGCUGAAGCAUUGUGCCUGAGACUGGAGGAGAUCGGUGCCCUGGACCAGAUCGAGGCUCUGCAGCAACACGAAAACGAACAGGUGUACAAGAAAAGUCUUCACAUACUGGAUACGUAUUUCGCUGAACAGGACGAGAAUAUAGCUCAGCCCACUGAAACCACAGAACAGUACCAGUUUGGUGCUCAGCAAGGGCAGAACAUCAAUUUCUAAAGCUUAUAACACUUAUUUAGGCUACGGUAACCGCUUGCCAAAAGGUGGGCAAGAUACGAAGUACAGGGUAAUUGUUUUGAGCACUGUCUAAACUCUAAUAACGCGGGUCGUAUGCUUGUGCGUCCAGAUUGUGAUUUUUGAAACUAAACUGUGUGUUUUUUUAAAUCAGUAUUGUUUAACUCUAAAUAUUUUUUUAUAUACUCAUGUGGAAUAUGGAUUCGAACCUGAGAACUUACGAUCGUAGGCGUUUUAGUAACCAACGUCGCUUGGAAAUUAUAAUUUCAAGUUUGUCCCUAUCUUCUUGCACACUAGCGCCAUCGCGUUUUCAUAUUGUUUAACUCUAAAUAUUUUUUUAUAUACUCAUGUGGAAUAUGGAUUCGAACCUGAGAACUUACGAUCGUAGGCGUUUUAGUAACCAACGUCGCUUGAAAAGUAUAAUUUCAAGUUUGUCCCUAUCUUCUUGCACACUAGCGCCAUCGCGUUUUCAUAAAUUUAUUUUAAUUCUUAGCGAAAAAAAUAAAAAAUAUAUAUUGCCAAAUUAUACCACACCACAUAAGGAAUUAAUUAUAUUAGAAAGUAUUAUACAAUGUGGUCACAAUUAACUAAACGGAUUUUGUACAUUGCGUAAUAGAAAAAUAUAAAUACUUUAUAAUAUAUUUUUAUUUUGUAUAAUCAUUAGUCAAAAUUUUUUUCGCUUAGAAAUAAAAAUAAAUUAAUAAAAAUGUGAUGGUGACGCUGGUGCGGCUUUAAAUGGUGAAGAAAUAAAAAAAUCAAAACUAUUUCUAAAUUUAGAUAAUAAUAUCUUUGUACAAGUUUCUAGACUGAUUUUUGAUAUUGUGUAUAAUAAAGUUGUUACGUAUAUAAA